AUUUUCUUAUGGUACGAUGUUAUAUGGCGCCAAUUCAAUCAGAGAUUUGAAGACUCUUAUGGAGCUCUAUGAAAAGAAGCGGAAAAUUUUCACAGUCCCAGCGACCAUCCCGACAAAGGCCAAACCAGCUUUAAGUGGAAAAGUGGAUAUUGUUUUAGUUGCUUUCAACAUGGCCACUAUCCGAAUGCUUGUACGGAUCCCAGACGUCCACCAAAUUCAUGCUUCAUGUGCUCUGAAAUCGGCCACACACGCCAAAACUGUCCUCGUUACGCUACAAGAAACAACCGUUAUAUUGCAGCCGCUGUAGGAGAUGAUGCAAAUCCUGAAGUCCGUCAACUGGCAGAACGAUUUUCUUCAAAUAAUUUGUUUCAUAAAACGGUCUUACGUGUCAUAAUCAGUAAACCCCAACAGGGAACAAAAGUUGACACAAUAUCGUGGAAUCGGACGCGCCAUGUGGAACCGAUAAGAAAUCGCAUGGAUCGACAAGGCGUUGCGGCUACUUUGCUAAAUUAUCGACGAAUGACGCAGAGGCACUCAAAAAUAACCAAACGCAACUUCUAAUAUAAAAAAUAGCGGAAUAGAGCAGUGUUGAUAAAAAGUUCAAUUAUAAUUUGAGAUGAGAGCAUAAUAGCUCACAAAUAUUCCCCAAGCAUUGCACAGAACAAUGCACGAUUUAAACGGCAACGAUGAAGUUUUCAGUGGUGCUGUCUUAUCAUGGAUGGUGAAACACUUCAAUGGACCAUAAAUGUGUGCAAACAAUUACAAAGUGAUCCACCCUAAGAAACAAUACAAUUUAACAAGUACGCAGUGUAUAACGAAAAAAAAGCUUAAUUAAUUGAGAGUACGUUCCGAAAAAUAAAAAUUAAUUAUUUUGGAUCAACUAACUACACUAGCGGCCAAAAAUGUAGAAGUUGAUUAAAAUAGUUUCCAGUUGCAAUAGUUGUUGCAAGUUACCAGAUGCAUUUUAAAUAACUACUGUUGAUGAUGAAAUUGGAACAAUAUAUUAUCUAGAAUCUCGGAAUUUCAUCACAUAAUCUUAGGUUAAAAAUUGGUUCACCUAGUAUUAUUCAGCGUAAUUUGAAUCCAUCUUAAUUAUGUAACGGUACACGUUUGGUAAUCAAAAAUAUUACUAUAGCAACCAUUUUGACUUGAAAAUUUAAUGGAGAAAUGGUCUUCUUGCCACGUUUUCCAAUGAUACUGCCAGAUGUACAAUGCAAUACAAAAGAGCUAAAUCAAUUUGAAUUUGAAAAUGUUUAUAAAGAAAACCUAUAAAUAUUAUUGUUAAAAAUUAAGAAUGAUCUACCUUCUUCCAUUACUCAAAUGUUAUCAACUAACAACUUUGAAAAUUACUCAUUAGUUACCAACUUGAAUAUAAAGUUUA